AUGUUGACAUCUUUGAUGGCCAUUGUAGAACCAUUGUCAGUGUUGUUUGAAGGUGACAUAUUAAUAGAACAAGACAUAAAACCGAUAAAAAAUGUGGUAAGUAAUGGUCAACCAGACGAUGAUCAACGAACGAAGCGUGCUGCAACGGCAAAAAAGGAACGAAUUUGGGAUUUUGGUGUUGUUCCCUAUGUGAUUGACGCAAGAGUUGGUUUCAAUGGUGUUCAAAGGGCACAAUUCAAAGAGGCGAUGCAUCAUUGGGAACAGUUUACGUGCAUCAAAUUUGUCGAACGAAAUGCCGGCGAACACGAUAAUUACAUACGUUUCACAAAGUUGGACUGUGGCUGUUGUUCGGUCGUUGGUAAACAGGGAUAUGGUAGUCAAAAUGUGUCGAUCGGUAAGGGUUGUGAUGAAUUUGGUGUGAUUGUACAUGAAUUGGGUCAUGCAAUUGGAUUUUGGCAUGAGCACACUCGACCAGACCGAGAUGAAUACGUAAAAAUUCUGAGCGAACAUAUAUCCGAGGGUCAAGAGCAUAAUUUCAAAAAAUUAACGGCUGAAGAUGUGGAUUCAUUGGGUGAACCAUAUGAUUAUGGUUCAAUAAUGCAUUAUAGACGAAACACUUAUUCAAAGCAUUUGUACGACCCAAAAAUAGCGACAAUUCAACCGAAGCGUAGUAAAAAUAGGAAACGACAUAAAAUUGGUCAACGAGAUCAGUUGAGCGAGAGUGAUAUUAGACAAACGAAUAAAUUGUACAAAUGUCCGAAAUGUGGUGGCACAUUCCUUGGCCAAAAUGCUACGUUCACAUCGCUAAACUAUCACUCAAAGUCUGGCGCACCGUUCCGAUGUGAAUGGCGCAUUUCAGCAACGCAAGGCGAACGGAUUCGAUUAAAUAUCACCGAUUUGGAUAUCUUCGAUUCAAUAGAUUGUCAAACUAAUUAUUUGGAAAUUUUCGAUGGGUAUUGGCAUAAAUCACCGUUACUUGGUCGUUUCUGUGGCACUAAUAUCAGCGUUCCAGUGAUAAUGUCCACUGGAAAUCGCAUGAUUAUAAAUUAUAUUUCAAAUAAAUCAGAGCAUCGGGGAUUUGCGGCCAAUUACGAGGCAAUUUGUGGCGGUGACUUAACCAUUUCCAAUGGCAACAAAAUUGAAUCACCCAAUUUUCCACGGUUCUAUCUACCGAACAAAGACUGCAUUUGGCGUAUUUCCGUGCCACCAAGUUAUCAAGUGGCCAUGGAUUUUCAUUCGUUUGACUUGGAAUUGCAUCCAAAUUGUCGCAACGAUUUCAUCGAAGUACGUGACGGUGGCAGUGCGAAAUCACGUUUGAUUGGUAAAUACUGUGGCAAUUCAUUGCCUCCGAUUCUAGCAUCGACUUCGAACAAAAUGUACAUUCGUUUUGUAUCUGAUGGGACGAAUGAAGGACGGGGAUUUUCAGCGACACUAUACCGCGAAAUCGAUGAAUGCGCCCUUGAAGAGCAUGGCUGUGAACAAAAUUGCAUUAAUACCUUGGAUGGUUACAGUUGUGCCUGUCGUUUUGGCUAUAGACUGCGUGACGAUAUGAAAACAUGUGAAGUCAAAUGCGGUGGAGUCAUUCAGGCUACCAGCGGUGUUAUUGAAACACCAUCAUUUCCAAACCCAUAUCCACCGAAUGAGGAAUGCGUUUGGGAGAUUAUUUCUGAAGAAGCACAUCGAAUCACGUUAAAUUUUAACCACUUCGAACUUGAAGGUAGUCAGUUAUUGCAGGAGGAGUGUGACUAUGAUUCAGUGACCGUUUCGUCAAAGUACCGUGACGGUCGAUUGGUUCAACAGGGUAUUUUUUGCAGUGAACUUCUUCCAUCGCCCAUCACAUCCGAAACAAAUAUCAUGCGCAUUAAAUUUCUGUCCGAUAAAAAUGUGCAAAAAGCUGGAUUUUCAGCAACAUUUUCCACGAGCAUCGAUCGUUGUGCCAUAAAUAACGGUGGCUGCAAACAUCUUUGCCGAAAUACAUUGGAUUCAAUUCAAUGUGCGUGCAAAAGUGGGUUCGUGCUGCACGAAAAUGGGCGAAAUUGUGUUCCGGGCAAAUGUCGCUACGAAAUCGCUGCGCCGCAAGGUGAAAUUCGCAGUCAGACAGAGGACAAAUAUGCGAAGAAUAUGGACUGCAUUUGGCAUUUUAAAGCCAUUCAUGGUCAUCGGCCGCACUUGGACUUCCAAUACUUUGAUCUUGAAGACGAUUAUGAGUGCACAAAUGAUCAUGUGACAGCGUACAUUGGUGUUGACCCAUUGCAAAGUACUUGGGCCGCCAGUGACACAUUUACUUUGGGGAAGUUUUGCGGUUCGAAAUCAAUACCGGAUUCCACAAAUCUACCGUUUCCAAUCUCAUCGCCAUCGGAUGAUCUGUUCAUGUCAUUUCAAACGGACAACAGUGUUCAACGAAAUGGAUUUGUUGUCAAACAUUCAACUGUUUGUGGUGGUACUUUUGUGGCCACUUCUACCGUUAAAUACAUUUACUCACAUGCAAGAUUUGGCGAUACAUCUUAUGAUGAUAAUACUGAUUGUGACUGGAUUAUCAAAACCAAACAGCCCGGAUUAAGGAUUCAUCUGAAGUUCUUGGAAUUCGAUGUGGAAUAUGAUCAAGAGUGUGUGUUCGACUAUGUUGACCUGUAUGAACAACGAGAUAGUCGGGAAUGGGUCUUGUUUGGACGGUAUUGUGGCUCAGAGCUACCACUGGAGGUGAUUUCGCCCAGACGAUUGAAACUGAGUUUUCGAACGGACGAUGCUGAUCGCAAAAAAGGGUUUUCCGUUUCGUAUAGCGUUGCCACAGCUGCAACAGUUCGAGACUUCCGGAGUGGAUCCACGAGAUUUACACGGAUUCCAAGAGAGGAUUUUUAA